GUACUGUUGUUGUUUUGGCACGCAGAGGAAAAACGAAGAAAACUUUUGGAAAACCGUGUGGAAAUUGCUAUCCCCACGGUCCCGUUUAGUCCUGCAGCCCCCGAAAAGUUCCCGUCGAAAUGCCUGAAACCCAAGGGUUCUGACGAACUGCCCCGUCAUCCCAUCACCCCAAUCCUCAUCUGGAUCGGGGUGCCGAGGGCUGAGACUCCCGAAAAUCGCGAAUCAAGUGUUAAGUGCAAUUAAAUGCCAGUGGCAAAUGUUCGGAUACUGCAGGCUGAAGCAUAAGCUGCAAUGAUCUCGCCGGAACAAGAAGAGGUUGACUUGGUGCUGGAUCGCCAUGUACGCCAGAAUAUCCAGGACAUGAUGCACGAGGCGCAUGUCCAGGCGAGCCUGCUGGAGAGCGAAGUUGCAGGCCGCUUCCAUUCCGUCUCCAGCUUGGACCAAGAUGACUCCCUCCACGCCGACGACUCCAUGGCCGUGAUAGAGACCCUCUCCGCCGACGGCAUCGUGGAGGAGGACCACCUGACCCACGAACAGGGCGCCGGCGGCGAUGGCAGCGAGGUGCAGAAUUACCACGACAUGAUGGUGGACACGGAUCACCACAUCGACAUCAAUGGCUCGCUGCGCAAGCGCCGCGGCAAUUUGCCCAAGCACUCGGUGAAGAUCUUGAAGCGCUGGCUCUACGAGCACCGGUACAAUGCCUAUCCCAGCGAUGCCGAGAAGUUCACCCUCUCGCAGGAGGCCAAUCUCACGGUGCUGCAGGUGUGCAACUGGUUCAUCAACGCCCGUCGCCGAAUCCUGCCCGAGAUGAUACGACGCGAGGGCAACGAUCCGCUGCAUUUUACGAUCUCGCGACGCGGCAAGAAGGUCAGUCCGAAUUCCUCGGGAUCCAGUGCGUUGGGCCUGAAUCCCAUACACGGCAGUCCCGCCUCCGAAGUGGUCGUUGGAGCCACCGAGGAAGUGGAUGGGGCCGGCGAGAUCCACGAGGGCAUCGCCAAUGUUCUAACAAACUUUGAACAGUAUGUGCAGGGACCCAACGGGCAGAUGGUCAAGAUGGAGCCGGAGUACGACGACAGCGUUAUCUACAGUUGGCAGCAGGCCAUUGCCAACAACCCGAUGGGCUUCCAAAGUCUUCACUCCUCGUUGCAAGCCACCAUGAUAGAUAAGAUCCAAAACUAUCAGAUGCGCAAGGCGGCGGCCAUCGGAGGUGCUUCUUCGGUCAGCUCCAGCAGCGCUGAAAGCUCCAGUUCCGCCGCCGCCUCCGCCUCUAUACUGCCGUACAGCCUGUUUAAUCAAUUGCCGCCGGAGUUCGAUGAUGAGGAGACCAAGCCGAGUCCCCCGAAGCGCGGAAAAAAGCGGCAGGCUGCGGGAAGACUGGCAGAGAAGAGCAAGCAAGCGAAGCCGCAGGCGGUGGAAGAACCGGAGACAGUAUACUGCUAUCAAGACGAAUUCGGCAGCUUCGUGGUGGCUCCUAGGUCUGAAGGCGAAGAGAGCGGCCAGGGCUACGAGUCCUGUGAGCAGAACAGCGAGGAGGAAGUGCGUUUCGAGACCUCCGAUGAUUGGCAGAGUGUGAUGAAAACCGUUUUCAGCACCGAGGAAGUUACCACUUCGGCUGGCAACAAUCCAAGUACUUCUGGCUCCAAGGGAUCUGCCAAGAAUGCUGCCUUCUGGAAUUCCAACCAGCAGAUUGCCAAGCGUGAGGGCAACCAACAGCUGCCAGCCGCCAAUAAUGAGUUGCUAGAGACCUCGAAUUUCGAGACCAUUUUGCCGACUAGCUCCAAUCAACAGGAAAUUGGUGAUAAUCUACAGGCUGAAGAUGUAUUUACCAGCAACGAGACGGAAACUAGUCAGAAUCAGUCCUCGCCGCCGACGCAGAGUUCCAGUCGAGAGGAGCGUGACAAGUACAAGUGUCUCUAUUAUCUAGUGGAAACUGCAAUGGCCGUGCGCCAGAAUGACGACGGUCAGGACGAGGACUUCGUCUACAUGGGGGACUAGGGCCCCAAAACCAACUAGCCACGCAAUGGAUCUCGACGAUCUGUUGCACAGAAGCGUGUAUAUAUAUUAUAUAUUUUAGUGAUUCGAUUGAACAGCAGUUUCUGCGAGUGCUAGAGCCCAAAACCCUUGGCUUAGGCCCAUGUUAUUAUGUUAAUUGAGUAGGCUACUAACUUAAUGUACAAAUCAUUAGAUCAAUUUACAAUUCAAUCGCCCAGUCGACUACGCAUAUCCGCCAAGUCAAUUCACGAACCAAUCGGCCCAGUUUUCAAAAGUUGGGCAUGAUUCUUUCAAACUAAAUAUGAUUGUGUAUAUUACUGGUCUUUAAAUAAACCAAAAACCUGUGCAUUUGCAA